AUGGCACUCAAAAAGAAUACACACAACAAAUCUACCAAACGAGUAACGAAACACCCAUCUUUGAAAACUCUAACGCAUAAGCAAAUACACACAACAAUUUUCGUUAAGUCUACAACACCAUACGUUAGUGCACUGAAAAGAAUAAAUAAGUUUCUCGAUAGCGUUCAUAAGCAAGGAUCAUCCUAUGUUGCGGUUUUGGGUAUGGGUAAAGCUGUAGAAAAGACACUGGCAUUAGGUUGUCAUUUUCAAGAUCAGAAGAACAAGAAAAUAGAGGUUUACACUAAAACUAUAGAAGUUCUUGAUGAAGUAAUAACUGAAGGCCAAGCUGAUAUCGACAUGGAAAGUGAUGUUGAAGAUGACGAUAAAGAAACCCAACUAAAGAAAAGGGCUGUAAGCGGUGUAGAAUUGCGUAUUUAUGUUUAA